AUGUCUGUAUCCUUUCCAACCGGCAGUCGCGAGAAUGCACCUCCAUCUCAACUCUCUGGUCUUGACCGCACUCAAGACAAUUCACUCGAGGACCUUGUUUACCAGCUGAUGACUGAAAUGUCAUCCCUCAAAGACGAGGUCAAGGAGAUGAAGGGAACCGUGUCGGCGACCCAAAUCAAAGCGGCAGACAGCGCGCGCGAGCUGAUGGCAAUGAGGAGGGAAAUCAUUCGCAUCAGCAACGAGGGAUCCGGCACGCGCGCCAAGUUGAUGGCAAUGAGGGCAUCGAAAGACGCUUGUCGGACAAUGCUCGAGACAACCGAGCUGCUCGAAACGGUUCUCACCUAUGUGCCACUGUUCGAGUUGACUGUCGUCGUCCCCAGGGUGAACAAGCAGUUCAAAGCUGUUUUGGACUACACCGAUCUCUUGCAAGGCUAA